UUGUUAAAUUAUCAGAUUACCUUAGUAAAUAUAUGAAAAUAUUAAACUUCAGAUUUGAAUUUCCGUUUUCCGUUGUUAGCAGUUAAACUUUUUUAGUUUUGUAAACAUUGAACUGUGAUUUUAUUCAAAUCAAACAGUUUGUUUAGAACCAAUUGAUUUAUUUAAACAUAUAUCAUGGCUCUUAAACUGAAAAAAUUCGAAAAAAUGAUUCGCGGAGUUCAAGUUCCUGAACAGAAAUACAAUACAGAAGAAGUCACUAACGAGAUAAGAUUUAAUGAAUUAGAAGCUCUUAAACUACGUAUAUUUGUAAACUCAUUAAGUCAUAUUAAGGAUGAUGAAUUGAGAAAAAAAUGCUCAGAUAUAACUGCCCAUUAUCGACUUUUUAAAGAUGAAGAGUCCCAUUAUAAAGUAAAGGAGUUGACAGACGAUGAUAAAAUUAAAUUUAAUAAAUGCAUUGAAGAGUGCAUUCAAAAGGAGUGUGCUCUGAUCAACAACGAAAAAGAAUCUAUCCCCGCAGAUUUGUUAAAGUUGAUUGAAUCUGAAUCAGUUAUGCCAGAUACUAUAAAAGAUAAAUUAAAUAAUAUGUUGACUCUUUUGAACAAGUAUACAAAUAAUCAAAAAGAAAUACAACAUUCGAUGCUUGCAUUAUUGGACAGUAGCUAUGUCAAUAUAUUAGAAGCCCAACAAUUAUCAAAAAAAUUAGAUGUUAUUAAAGAUAAUUCAAAUAAGUUGCAGAGUGAUAUCAUCAGUAAAUUUUCUUGUUCAAAUGAUUUAUUUGAAUCAUUGGAAAAAUACUACAGUGCUAAAGAAAAGGAAUAUGAAACAGAUUUGGCAAAGUUCGAGGAAUUACAGAAACUUCAAGAUAAAUAUAAGACCGUAGAUGGUCCACAAUAUAAAGAUUUAGUUAAAAAAUAUAAGCAAACCCAGGAAAUCAUUAAAAUUAAAACAGAAAUGUUGAACAGUUAUUAAAAAAAUUGUAUUGUAUAUUUACUGUGUAAAGGAAAAUGUGUAUCAUGAACAUAUGUGAUAAACAUUUUAGAGCUAUGAAUCAUGAAUGUGAUUUUUACUUAAUAAAUGUUUAUCUAUUAAAAUGUGUA